CCCCGUUCCCGGAAGCUUACCGGCUGUUAUCAUCUGACUCUCAUUUCCUCCUUCCAUCUUUCGCCCUUCAACUAUUUAUUCCCCGACUUCAUCGCGGCGAAAUUCCCAACUUCUUCCCGCUCAGCUGAUAUCCGAUUCUCCUUAUCCUUACGUCGCGAUGUUUCUGACGGAGAAGAAUGCUUCUCCUUUUUCCCUCUUCUUCUCUUCAAGCCCCAAAAAGUCGCCCGCUCGCGGAAUCAUGAAGCCAUUUGAAGAAACCUUAAUCACCCGGCUGAGCUCCCUCCUCCCGAUCCCCGACUCCUCGCCAUCAGUCCCUCUCUCCUGGCUCUCCCGCGCCGUGGAUCUGCUAACUCUAACUCUAGCAGACGUGGCCGUCGUCAUCUCAGAUCCCUCCCUCUCUACCACCGAUCGCGCCGCUCUCUCUUCUCACCUCGAUUCCAGCGUCGCUCUCCUCGACGCCUGUAACGCGAUAUCGGCCACAAUAGAUCGUAUCCUCCACGGCCGCCUCCUCGUCCGACUUUCCCUCCACCUCAUCUCUUCCUCACCAUCGCUCUCUCCCGAUCGACUCCGCCGCGCUCGUUCUGCGAUCGCCGAGUGGGAGGCUGCCGACGCCUCGCCGGCGAAGCCGAGCGACUCCAUGAACCUCUGCAGGCUACGACCUAAGGAUCCGAAUCGCGGCAGGCUCACCACCGUCCGCCGCGCGAUUUACGCCGUCGAGGCGAUAUCUGAUCUGGUAGCGAGGACCGCCCUUGCAUUUUUGGGGUAUAAAGGGGAUUUUCUCUUAGGGAUUCGUGUUUCUACUGACUUUGCAUGGGCAGCGGCGUAUAACGAGGUCGUCGAGAAGAUCUCGCCCAAGCUUUCUCGUGGGGAGAUCGCCGGCGAGAUCGAGAAGAUGAAGAGGAGCGUGAGGAAACUGGCAAUUAACGUCGACAAGCACGACGUCGGAGAGAAAGUAACGGAGGUGUUACGUGACGCCGUCAGGGGAGGGGAGGAAGCCGUAGAAGAAUUGACGGAAGGAAUGGAUCGGAUGGCUAACGCCGUUAACGCGCUGUUUCGCGCGGCUUUGGAAACGAGGGAGGCGGCCCUUGAGUGCUUUAGGGUUAGGUCUGGAAGGUGUAAUUAGGGUUGUGGUUGGCGUAAUGGUAAUUUCUCUCGCGUCAGAAAUGGUUUGCUUAACGCUUAACUAUAAUGGGAAUUUGGACUGUUACGGUAAGCGAUCUGUAACAUUCAUUGCCAAUCGGUUUUCUAAUACAAGUAUGGGGGUGCUAUUUCAUAAGAUGUUUGAUGCUUUUGCGUAUAUAUGUGAAGGAUUUGUAAAGUUGUAAGGAUAGUUGAAAAUUAGUGAUUUAUGUACAUACUAAAAAAAUAAUAGGGGGAUUUACAAUUUUAUAACUAAUAUCAAAUCAGGAAAAUUCGCAUAUGUAUCG